AUGCCCUUUGUGUUUGGGGGUGCAUUCCUAAAUGCGCUCGACCAUUUCGGUGGUUUCCGCCCCAAUGAGCCUGUCAAGUGGCCCAUCAUAGGACCGGCUCGCGACGUCUCCCUGAAUUCGUCUUCUAACGCCUGUAUGAAUCUUGCUUCUCGGUGGAUCAAAGAAUGUGCAGAGGGCCACGCUGAUUGCCACCGCCGCACCAGACAUCCGCUACCCACGCGUGUCAUCAAUGUCGGCUCAGAUGGCCAAGCUCCCUUCUUGUACGAAUCCAGCGGCGAGGAUGCCCAGUACAUCGCCCUGAGUCACUGCUGGGGUGAUUCGGUUGCAUUGACUACCACCAAGGAAGAUCUAACGAAGAGAAAGAAGGAAAUUCUUAUGGAGGACCUUCCAAAGACAUUUCAAGAUGCCAUCACCGUCUCGCGUCGCCUCAGUAUCCAAUAUCUCAGGAUCGACUCGCUGUGCAUUAUUCAGAAUGAUCCUGAAGACUGGAACAAAGAAGCAGCAAAGAUGGCGGACGUUUACGCCGGAGCCUAUCUCACAAUCGCAGCUGAUGGAGCGGUGGACUGUCACGGCGGACUCUUUGUGGGAGGGAGUCAGCGGAAUACAGAAGUCAAGGAUCAUUCGGCUCCGGGCCUUUGGACGAGAAGAAGCAAGAUUUACAUCCGAAAGCAAAUGGUACGCACGAGUUCAGAAAACGUCUCGCAUAGUAUUGGCCCAUCCGCUCGGAGCAAAUUGACCACCCGCGGCUGGGUCUUGCAGGAACGAAUUCUUGCACCCCGGACACUCCAUUUCACGGCAAGUGAAAUGUCGUGGGAAUGCGCAUCGAGCUUGAAAUGUGAGUGUCAACUCGAGACCAGCGCCAGCUUUGCUGUCCAGACCUUCGAGCAGAAGUAUGUCAAAAAUCACGUCAAAUGUGUUGCCGAAGAUGGCACCGUUGACGUCUGGCCACAUCUGGACUGGUCCGCCGUGAUCCAAUCUUACACGGCGAGGGACCGCACAAAGACUUCGGACCUUUUGCCGGCACUUUCAGGGUUGGCCGCCGCCAUGUCCAAGUGCACCUCAUACUCAUAUCUCGCUGGAAUCUGGAAAGAAGAGCUUCCGUGGAGCCUGCUGUGGAAUACCGAGGUGUGGGAACGACAGCAAGACAAGAUCUCUACCAUCAAAAGACAUCCACAAGGCCGUAUGCAUUCUGCCAUCUCAGUCCUCGAGGCGCACUGCGAGCCCGCUGGUCUCAAUCCCUACGGUCCUGUGCGCAGAGGCUGUAUCAAAGUAUCUGGACCGAUGGUGCGGGUUCGCAUAUGGCCGACGACGCGGACCAAAGUCCACGCACUGAAUCUUGGCCACUGGGAUGUCCACCCCUCCGUGCGGCCUGACGAGGACGACGCGUUCCUCAUUGUCAGCGAAAGGGAUGUCAAAAAUAGCACCAACGAGAAACAAGAACAUGUUACCCUUGUCGAGCCAGACUUCCAUAUGGUUCCCGACGUCCUUUCCGAUGACUCCUUCACCGACCAAAGAGCGGACAGGAACACCAAAGGGCCGGUGGCUGUCAUCUACAAUCGCCGGAGCUAUCCAGAUCCUGCCAACCUGGAUAAAGAGGCGCAUUGUCCCUACAGCUUCCUGGAACCUGACAUCAAAAGCAACGAUUACGGUGUGGAUGCCAGUCAACCACACCUCUUGCUUCUGACGGCGUACUGGGAGCCUUCUGGAAACCGGGGUGACGAGAAGCAGGAUUUCUGGGCAAUGGUAUUGAGAGCGGCAUCGGGAGACAAGACGAAAUGGGAGAGGGUAGGCAUUAUGCGGAGUUACGGGGCUUAUGGUUGGAAGGAGUGGCAGAAAGUGUCCAGCCAACGAGAGAUAACCAUCAUAUAG